AUGCGCUCAGUGUUCGUCACAGUAGGGUCUACCGUCUUCCACAAGCUCGUCGUGGCGGCCGUAAAACCUGAAGUGCAGGAGGCAUUACAGCGGGCGGGGUAUACACACAUGGUCAUUCAGCAUGGAAUGGAUGGUGACCGUGUUCUGAGAGGACAGCUUCGACUCCAGCCGGCAGAGGAUUACCGUUUGAAAAUACGGAGCUUUGAUUAUUCGGCUUCAAUACGAGAAGAGAUGGCGAACGCCGAUCUCAUCAUCUCACAUGCUGGGUCCGGUACGAUACUUGAAGCUUUGAACCUUCGCAAGCCGUUGGUUGUCGUGGUUAAUGACAUGUUGAUGGACAAUCACCAGCAAGAACUAGCUGAUGAGCUACAAAAGAGCGGAUACGUAGCAGCAUGCCUACCGAGUGAUCUUGCUGAUGCGAUCCAAAACAUGAAGGCUUUGAAGCCGUUUGCUACAGAGCGAACAACGGCACUCAAUGACGUACUGAAGGAGGAAGCAGGACUUUGA